CAGAUAAAUUUAUAAAGGGACCCGGGCAGAAAGUCUACCGCGUCUGCUGUUUGAGACGAACCAAUGGCAUUUGAACGGAGCAUCGUCUCCCAGAGGCGUCAAUGGACGCUUAUGCUCCUUAUGCUUGUCGUGGCUGGGAGGGCUCUCUGUAUCAGAAUCCCGGAUCGGAUCUCCGAAAAAGCCACGGACCCACCCGCCAACCAGCUCUUGAAAACUGCGGUUUUUGCUCUCGGCAGCUUCUGGAGAUCCGAAGCCGUAUUCGGGUGCUUAAACGGCGUCGUAAGAACCACCGUUGGAUACGCUGGGGGAUCCAAGACCAACCCUGAGUACAGAAGCUUGGGCGACCACGCAGAGUCUGUGCAGGUUGAAUAUGAUCCGAGGCUGAUUACUUUCAGGCAACUUUUGGAUGUUUUCUGGUCUAGUCAUGACUCUAGGCAAGUAUUUGGGCAAGGUCCUGACGUAGGUAACCAGUAUAGGUCUAUCAUUUUUACCAACGGAACCGAAGAGUCCAGAUUGGCAGCUGCAAGCAAAGAGAGAGAACAAACCAAGUCAAAAAUCAGCAUUGUCACUACUCAAAUUCAGCCGCUUGAAGCAUUUUAUCCUGCAGAGCCUGAACAUCAGAAGUUCGAGCUCAAGCGAAAUCCUUUUCUUCUCCAACUAAUUGGGAACUUGCCUGAAGAGGAGCUUGAGAGAUCAAGUCUGGCAGCAAAACUGAAUGGCUAUGCAGCAGAGCUUUGCCCUGUAAGAAUUCAGAAGCAGAUUGACGCAAAGAUCAAUGACAUUAUAAAAAAAGGUUGGCCCAUCUUGAGAGAAGUUUAGCCUUAUGUUCGUAGUAAAACUUCAAAUCAAAUAUACUACUGAUUUUUGCAAGCACCAGCAUCCGGAAUCGCUUGUAAUUCUGGCACCAUGUAACUUGUUUAUUCAAGCUUAGCAUGAUCUCCGAGAAUCACAAGCUAUGGAAACAACGUCAUAGAUCCAAACAUUCUUGUUUCAUGCCCUGUAACCUCAUAUUUCUACCUUGUAUUGUAGUUUUCCCAAUCACUUACCUGUAGUAUGUAUAAUUGAUUACAUAAAAAUGCAUUCUUUUACA